UUCACUCUUUGGCUGGGGGAUUUACUCCAUGGCUGAGGAAUUCACUCUAUGGCUGGGGAAUUCAAUCAGUGGCUGAGGGAUUCACUCCUUGGCUGGGGGGUUCACUCCCUUGCUGGGGAAUCCACUCUAUGACUGAGGAGUUAAUUCCAUGUCUGAGGAAUUCCCUCUAUGGCUGGGGGAUUCACUCCAUGGCUGAGGAAUUCAUCCAUGGCUGAGGGAUUCACUCAAUGGCCGGGGAGUUCACCCCACGGCUAGGGGAUUCUUUCACUCCUUGGCUGGAAGAUUCGCUCCUUGACUUGGGGAUUAAUUCACUCCAUGGCUAGGGAAUUCAUCCAUGGCUGGGGGAUUCACUCUGUGCCUGGGGCUCUCACCCUGCUGGGCUCUCCCCUCGCUGUGCUCUCCCCCGUGCCCGCAGGCAGAGAUGCCACCCGAGCGUUUGCCAGCGGCGAUUUCAGCCCGGCGGGGCUGGUGGACUCCGUGUCGGGGCUGUCACCCGCGGAGCUGCUCUCCAUCCACAGCUGGCUGAGCUUCUACAGCGACAACUACGAGCCCGUGGGGAAGCUGGUGGGCAGAUUCUACGAUGAAAAUGGGGCACCGACAGCAGCCCUGAGGGAGGUGGAGGCUGCCAUCGAGGAAGCUCUCAAGCUGCAGGCAGAAAGUGAUCAGCAGCAACAGCAGUUCCCACCCUGCAACUCUGAGUGGAGCUCUGCUAAAGGCACCCGCUUCUGGUGCUCCAGAGAGAGCGGGGGCUGGUACAGGGGUGAUUCCAGUUACAACAUAGGCAUUUUGGAAGAUCAAAGUGCAGAUCAAGUGAGACUCGAUGUGAAAUUAAUCAUACAAAUGUCAGCAAUUGCACCCUCUCCUGUCCUCUCCUUGUACAAGCUUGAGAAAAACUGA